AUGACAAGGAAACCACGACUCGAUCCAGAAAAGUUGUUGGGUGGAUUUGGGAAAUAUGGCAAGUAUCAGAUCCGUACAUGCAUACUACUAAUGAUACCUGCACUCUUCCACUCCUCACAAAUGCUUAUCAUGGGAUUUAUCACUCAACCACCACCAUUCCAAUGUAACAUCAAUAUUCCGAACUCUUUCAGUCCUUCUCAACAGACUUAUCAAGUGCUUGAUAAUUGUCAUGUAUUCGAACUGAAGACCAAUAAAACAAUGCAAUGUUCAACAGUACCUAAUUCAACGUACCUAUAUGAAGAGGAAGUACCUUUUUCCACAAUUAAUUCCGAGUUCAAUUUAGUAUGCGAAGAUGAGCACUGGGCAGAGCAUGGUACAUCAUUGUUUAUGCUAGGAGGGCUGUUCACACCAGUAAUUACUCAAUUAUCUGAUCUAUAUGGUCGGCGGAAAUUGCUGUUGCUCUCAAUGUGGACCGCUAGCAUUAUGGCUAAUAUCUGUCCGAUGGCACCAACGGAGCUCACUUUCUUGGCUUGUCGUUUCAUCCUUGGUGUCACAGCUAUGAGUAUUUAUGCUUUAAUGUGGACAAUGUGUUGUGAAUCAGUGGCAGUCGAAUUUAGAUCCUUGAUCCCAGUAGCAUAUACAUUUGCAUGGGUAACAGGGAUCAUGUUUGUUGGCAUCCUGAGGAUCUGGAUCCUCAACUGGAGGUGGUUGUACUUCGCGAUAUCUAUCCCAAGUACACUUAGUGCCUUAUAUUAUUGGUUACUGCCGGAAUCACCAUAUUGGUCAAUAACCCACAAUAAACAUAAAGGCAUAGAAAAAUAUAUUAAAGAUGCUUGUCGUUACAACAAUGUUAAGCUUGAUUUGAGUAAAUGUGAAUUGGACUCUCAACAAUCUGAUAAUCAGAAUAAAUCUCGUACUCUUAUCGAUGUUCUUUGCAACAGAGUGGCGCUUUUUCAUUUGUUCGUGCAGUGCUAUGUGAUGAUAUCAAUGAAUAUAUCCUACUGGGCUAUGGCACUCUUAAGCACAACAUUAAGUGACGACAGUUUCACCGGUUAUUUCUUAUCUGGUUUCAUCGAGUUGCCUGGUGGUUUGUUAGCUGUGAUGUUAUUACUUAAAUUUGGACGACGUGCUAUCACCAUAUGGUCCUUCUCUAUGCAAUUUAUACUACUUCUCUUGGCUAUACUUUUUCCAGGUAAUGGAAUAAUGCAAAUAUCGCUUGCCGUAAUAGCCAGGUUUUUCAAUAGUUUCAUUUGGGUUGCGCAGCCAUUGAUGCUUGCUGAAAUGAGUCCUACAACAGUACGCAAUAUAUUCUAUGGAACUGUGCAGUUUUUCGGAGACAUUGGUGCCUUCUUGGCACCUUAUUUACCCUUGCUUAAAAGUAUAAGCCCUCAAGCACCACAGGUGAUAGUAGCAGUAGUUUCCCUUAGCGCAGCAAUAAUUUUGCUCACAGCACCUGAGACAAAGGAUCGUCCGAUGCCAGAAGAUUUGAAUGAGUUCGAUCCAGGAUGUUUUCUACAAAUGUUCGGAUAUCGGAAACAAACAAGGGAAAGUGUCUUCUUAACAGCGAAGAAUGUAAAAGAUCAUUCUUACUGGAAAUCUACCAAAUCACUUGGAAAUGGAAAUGCGAACAACACAGCAAAGGCACGGAUCGAAUCGCAAGAUAGCCUUAAUUGCUUCGAACUUAAUCCUUAA